GCGAAGCUCGAGCUGCUCGUCGGCACGGUGACGUCCGCGGAGCCGCACGAGGGCGCGGACGCGCUCUUCAAGACCUGGGUCGACUGCGGCGAGGCCGAGGCGCGCACCGUCGGCGCGGGGCUCCGCGCCCACUACGGCGACGCGGCGGAGCUCGUGGGCGCGCGCGUGCUCGUGCUCUCGAACACGAAGCCGCGGAAUUUGGCGGGCUUCAAGUCCGCGGGCAUGCUCCUCUGCUCCACGGACGCGGACGGCGCGACGGCGCUGCUCCGCGCGCCGGAGGGCGCGAAGAACGGCGACCGCGCGACCUUCGCGGGGCUGCCGGAC